AUGAUACCUAAUCGUCAAUAAUAGUUAAAUGAAAAGGAAUUAGAAGCUUUUAAAUAAAAGAAUAAAAUAGCAUCAAUAUUAGUUGAAGAUGCUACAUUUAAUAUUGUGAUAAAUAAAAAAAGAGCAGAAUUAAGUGAUAAAGAAUUUCUUAGAUGGCUUGAUUAAAUAAAAAGAUAAGAUCAAUAAAAAGCAGUUCUGAUUAAGUAAGUUGAAUAGGAGAAAACUUAUAAUGUAAAGGAAAAAUAAGUGAACAUUAAAUAGACUUAAACUAAUGAAUAACUUAAAUUUUUUGGUUCUUUGAAAUAAUAAUUAGAAUUAGAAAAAAUUUAGGCUUAAAUUAAAAAAAAAACUUAAAAAGCAUAAAAUUAAAUAGACAGAUAGAGAUUAGGUGAAGUAAAUUCUAAAAAUGUAGAAGAUAAAAGAAGAGUAGAGUAAAAUUAAAAAAUGCUAGAAGAAAUGUUAAGAGAAAAAUAAUAAGAAUAAGAGAGAAAAGAUUAUCUUAUAAAUGAAGAAAAAUAGAAACAUUCAAAAUUAAAUGAUUUUGAUGAAGUUGAUAUGGAGGAGAAUCUUAAUAAGCUUAAAUUUGAAUCUAAAAAAGCUAGCAAAGGGAGAUUAUUGAAUAAAGUUACAAAAUCCUUCAUGCCUUUUUUAAAGAAAGAACUUUGA